AUGAUCAGCGCGGACCUCGACGAGCCUCUCCACGUGUUCGACCUGCCUCAAAUCCAUACUAAACCGUCUGGAACCGAACUUCUACGAGCUCUUGAUAUCUUAGCGAUCAAACCAAAAAGUUUCGCUUCAAGUAGCCAUGAAGCGGUGAAGGCUCCAACUGUUCAUCCGACCGGAGUACCGCGCUAUUUGACGUCUAUCAUCUCGAGCCCCCUUUCAUGGCUAGAUACCGAUGAGCUUCGGGAAGCUGUUUGGGAUGCUGCUGCUGCUCGACUCAGCGAGCGCUCUGGGCGAGCCGCGAUGCCUGCCAUGUCCCGUGUCUUCACAAUUCCCAGUCCGUCGGGUGAAGAGCUGACUCUGACCCUGCACGAACCAUCCUUGACUGCCGACAACCUAGGGAUGAAAACCUGGGUAUCCUCGUACCUUCUCUCCCAACGACUCCACUCUCUCCUCGAAUCAACCCCGCAACUCGUCCCAUCUGAGACGACGAUCCCCACCCCAAAGACAGAUCGCACACUUCGGGCCCUAGAGCUAGGCGCUGGAACGGGACUUGUGGGCCUUUCCUUUGCGGCCAUCCGCGGACAGUCGGCUUCGAUUCAUCUCACAGACCUCCCCGAUAUUGUUCCUAACCUCGCCCACAAUACCGCUCUGAAUGUGGAGCUACUUACCAACACGGCUGCGACUGUCACGACUGGCGUGCUGGACUGGUCCGUUGCGCCCAAGCCUCUCCCUACUCAAGAGAAACAAUACGACUUGAUCCUGGCGGCCGACCCCCUGUAUUCCCCCAAGCAUCCCAAAUGGCUCGUGGAGACCAUCGGACACUGGUUGAGCCGCGGACUUGAUGCACGCGUGGUGACCGAAAUGCCUCUGCGAGAUGCAUACUUGCCGCAGGUCCAAGAGUUCCGUGAGCGCAUGGGGCAGCUUGGUCUAGAGGCGGUUCAUGAGGGAGAGGAGAUAGGGUACGAUGACUGGGAGUCGGCAGAUGGAGGAGCGCUGGCAGUUCGAUGCUGGUGGUCCGUUUGGGGGUGGAGCGAGAAGCUCUAG